UUCCGGGGCUUCCUGCGCGCUGCCUGUCUGUAAGUAAGUAAGUAAGAAGCUAGCUGUGCAGCACCUCCUGCCCUGCUGUCCUUAAAACGAUUGCUGUGGUAUAUGUUUUUAGCUCGCUCUCUGAUCAAGAUGUCGAGUCCCAAUCCGUUGUUGAGGCUGGAGCAGCGAGCAGCUGAGGCCGACCAGAUCAUCGAUUACCUGAAACAGCAGGUCCAGCUGCUGAAGGAGAAAGCCUCUGUCCAGGCCAGUGUGAGAGAGGAGAAGAGACUCGCUGUGGAGAACGCGAAGUUGAAGAACGACAUUGAGGAACUGAGAAAACAGCUGCUGGCGAAAGAAAAAAGUAAAGGAGUGCGGGACGUUCCGAUGCCGUCUGGUGACACCGGUGCGGAUGUCUGUUUGAAGCCCACUCCUCCCAAAUCUUCAGAUGCGCCACCCUCUGUUUCCCCUCCUGCUGCUGCACAGAGCCCCCCUCCUAAAGAUGAGCCCAAAAAGAAGAAGCCAGAGAAAAAAGGAGGUGAGAAAGCAGAGAAGAAGCAAGCAGCACCAAGCCAGGAGGACGCCAAGGUGGACGUGUCUCGUCUGGACCUGCGUGUUGGUUGUAUAAUCACAGCUGAGAAGCAUCCAGACGCUGACAGUCUGUACGUGGAGCAGGUUGAUGUGGGCGAGGCUGCACCAAGGACUGUGGUCAGUGGACUGGUCAAGCACAUACCUCUGGAACAGAUGCAGAACCGGAUGGCGGUCCUGCUGUGUAACCUCAAACCAGCCAAGAUGAGAGGCGUGGUGUCCCAGGCCAUGGUCAUGUGUGCCAGCUCGCCAGACAAAGUGGAAAUCUUGGAUCCUCCAAGCGGAUCUGUCCCCGGGGACAGAGUUGGUGUCCAAGGCUUUCCAGGUGAACCAGACAAGGAGCUGAACCCUAAAAAGAAAGUGUGGGAGCAGGUUCAGCCCGACCUGCGCACCGAUGACCGUUGUGUCGCAACCUACAAGGGAGCCGCCUUUGAAGUGGCUGGGAAGGGAGUGUGUAAAGCCCAAACCAUGAGCAACAGCGGAAUCAAAUGAAAUACCAGAGCUGCUUGGAAUAGCUCGGUGUUUACUCGCUGCUCGUCUCCACUGAUGACCGCAGAUGUUGAUGAAUGAGAGGAAAUGCCUUUAAGAUGUUUAAUAAAGUAUUUGGAUUAGCUGUG